GAAACGUCUUGGCGGAAGUUUGCCUUGCCAGCAAUCUUUGCUUUCUUUUCUUUACCAGAAUUAGUGCUCCAGCAAACCUCACACUAAACAAACUGACAGAAGAAACUACAAUCUGAGUCGAGAUGGAGCCUACAUUGACCGUGGUUGACCCAAAUAACGAAGACUGUUCCAGCUCUGAUAACAGGUCACUGCUGAGCAUCGGAGUGCCUGCCAUGGAGACAGACCGUUUUGGGUUCAUACUGGGCACUGGCUCUCCUGUUGGGACUGAAGGCCCGCCCCCAGAGGUGGUCAGACAAAGGGAGGCAAAAUGGCUGAACAUCAUCAGCCAAUGGGAUCGCAUCUUGCUGAAGAAGACCAACAAGGUGAAAGAACAGUGUCGGAAGGGUAUCCCAGCAUCUCUCAGGGCUCGGUGUUGGCCGCUGCUUUGCCGUGCCACAGAGAGGAUGAGUAAAAACAGCAGACUUUACCAGACCCUGGACUCAUCCCCUGCCCUGCAAAGCUGGGUGGAUGUGAUAGAGAGAGACAUUGAUAGGCAGUUCCCUUUCCACGAGAUGUUCCUCUCCAGAGACGGCCAUGGGCAACAGGGGCUAUUUCGGGUCCUGAAGGCUUACACGCAAUUCAGGCCAGAUGAGGGCUACUGUCAGGGGCAAGGACCUGUGGCUGCGGUGCUUUUGAUGAAUAUGCCUGCUGAGGAAGCUUUCUGGUGUCUUGUUCAGAUCAGUGAGCAAUGCCUUCCUGGGUACUACAGCCCCCUGCUGGAGGGCGUACUGUUUGACGCAGGCGUGCUCAAUGGAGUGCUGCGCAGGGUGUGUCCCGCUGCACACAGGCACCUGCACAAACACGACGUAGAGCCGCUUAUGUUCGCAACCGAUUGGCUGAUGUGUCUCUACACCCGACACCUGCCUUUCAACACCCUGCUCAGAGUGUGGGACCUGUUCUUCUGCUACGGUGUGCGGGUGCUUUUCCAAGUGGCGGUGGUGCUGGUACGGAGGGUCUUAGGGCGGCAGGAUCAGAGGGAAAAGUGUGAGGGCCAGAUGGAGACCCUGGAGAGACUACGUGGCAUAAAAGCCCAGCUUCCGCAGGAGGAUGACUCCUUCAUCGAGGAGGUGUGCUCAGUUCCUCUCACUGGCAGGGACCUGGAGAGGGAAACAGAGAGAGAGCUGAAGAGAUGGAGGAAAGAGCAUCCAUCCUCAACCUUUGACCCUCGAUGCCGUUGCCACGGCUACCGGGCAGCCUGGCUGAAAGGGCGGGAAAGCGAGGAGCAACAGGAGAGGGCGGAGAGAGAGAAGGGAAACCUCUCCCUUCCUCUCCUGCACUCUCCCUCUUCCCUCUCUCCCUCACUGAGGAAGAGGUGGAAGAGAGGGAGCAGAGUGGAAGCUGGUGAAAGAGAAGAGGCUGGAGCAGGAGAAGAAAAGCAGGAGAAGCUGGGGAAGGCAGGAGAGGCAGUGCAGGUAGAGAAGUUGGAUGUGAGGAGUGGGAGAGAAAGAUGCAGGACGAGUGAGAGAGAAGAGGAGGUACAGCAUAGUGAUAUACUCGCUCACAGAACUCCCUUAGAGUGCCGAAUCACUAGCAUGGCAGGAAACCCGCCCCAAAACACAGACGGAUUGCGACAUAGCACCACACAACCACACAGCACUAGCACCACUCCUGGUCACAGCCAGACAUGUGCAGACUGGCCUCAGGGCCAAGUGGGCGGAUCCCAUGCCAAACCAAUUCCUCACACCUUGGUGCGACCCUGCCCAGCGACCUGGAAGGUUGAUUCAACGGAGAUGAACCCAGAGUUAGGCGAUGAGGAGGGUUCUGCCAUUAGCAGUCAGAUGCACACAGACUUCCCAGAAGGGCCUAGCAGAUCAACAGAACCUGGAACCAUGAGCAGUGUCAGCUCCGUGGCCCAACAGAGUGAAACAGAAACAGCCUGCCCCCUGGAAUGGGCUGAAACAGUCGAGAGCCCUCAGGGAAACUUGGAGCAGAAGAAUGGCAUGGGCUGCAGCAAAGAAACAGCAGAGAGAUUUGGCAGGACAGGCAAGCUGCUAAUUGGCUCUGCGCCUGAACAUGCUGGGGAAGACUGCGGCAUCAAAACAAUCAUGUCCAAUCAGAAUCAGGGCAUUCAGGAACCUCAGGGGUCCGUUCCACUGGCCCUCUCCAGCCCAAAAAGUGUAGAACUAUAUGAACAGUUCCACGUAAAACACAGGGGGUCUCUGAGAAAUGUCCCCAAGGGUGAGCAGGACUCCAGUAGGCGCUGUGGGGGGCAGGUUUCAGAGCGGCUGGAGGACAUUGGAAUUUCGGAAAUACAAGGGGGACAUUCCAGUGUCCUGCCGGAGUCAGCCAAUCACAGUCCGGCAGGAGACCCAACAUGCUCCCUCACAGGACAGGGUAUGCGUCAGCAAGACAAAGCUGAAAAGCCGAACCUGCCCAGCCCCACCCUGUUGGCUAAGAAUCCCAAAAUGGAGCAAACCCCCAACAGUGGGACAGAGGCAGGCUGGGAGGGGGCAGACCAAAAUCUCUCCCCCUCAGGGUGUGAAGGGUCACCUGGAACACCUGGACUUGAUCAAGGAGAGGAAUCACCAACAGCAAUUCAGAUUGUGAUGUCACCCUUGUUAGAUCAGGGAGAGGGGUCACCUGUGUUAGAUCUGGGAGGGGGAUCACCUGUGUUGGAUCUGAGGGAGGGGUUACCAGUUACACCUGUAUUACAUCAGGUGGAGAUGUUACCCAUUACAUCAGUAUUGGAUCAGGUUGAGGAAUUGCCCAUUACAUCUUUAUUAGAUCAGGCUGAAGGGUUACCAGUUACACCUAUAUUUGAUCAGGUGGAGAGGUUAUCUGUUAUACUUGUAUUAGUUGAAGGUGAGGAGUCACCUGUAAUGCCAGUAUUAGCUCAGGCUGAAGAGUCAGAUUCACAGCAGUGCAUGAUGACUGAUCCACAGCUGCCCACCAGAGCCCAGUCCAUCAGAGAGGCUGUCCCCUUUAGCUCCGCCCACAGGGCCACUGCAGGGCCAAAAAGCGAGACCCUGCCAGAUGACACAGGGACUGAGCUCCGUCUCCCAGAUCAAGCAGGACAGGCAGAGCGGGUGGUAGAUCAAGAAGAAACCCAGCCCACAGGGACUGAUCCAACAUUACCAGGGGGCCACCUCAUCUCUCCAAAAGACCAGGGCGGGCCCGGCCAAAUGCCACCCCCUGCGGAACACUGCCCCAGUGAUGAAAAGUGCAGUGGGGUGUACAGACCACGCCGCGCGCCUUGUGGCAAAGCAUCACGCUCCCGCACGCUGUCCCAGGACACAUUCAGGGACCUGAAUUACACAGGCUCCGAUACCACACCUACUAAUUGCCUGUCCGACCACACCCCCCAGGAUAUCAGCAAGCCCUAUGACCCCGCCAAUCAGGACAAGACCAAGCCAUGCCCCCCAUCUGAUCCCUCCCACCAGUUAAUGAGCAGCCCCCUUCCAGCAUCCAAUCAGACUGACCCCCCCCGUCGCUUUGCCCUCUUCCGUAUGCUGAGAGGAGACCACCAGAAAGACAAGAGGGGUGGAGAUGGGGGUGGAAAGGACAAGAAGGCAUCAUCACCCAAAAUAACAGUGCCCACCAUACUUAUACAAGAUUUCAGUGAUGGGGUGGGACUGGGCAUGCCCGGGGAUGGCCUGAGUUCCAAGGAAAGGAGGAAGAAAAGAAGGGAACAAGAGCGUAGAAAGAGGGAGGAGGAAAAGGCCAGGAAGAAAGAGAAGGAGAUGGAAAACGAGAAGGACAGAGAGAGGAAGAAGCCGCAGACCAGGGGGAAGAGUUUUCAUGCGCACAGUGCCAAGUGUGAUGUUCCUCCCCCCGGAGACAAAAGCUCUAAAACACCAGGUUCCAAGAGAAACUCUGCCCCUUUUUUGGACACAUAUUUCUAAAGAUGCAGGGAACAAGGGGGGAGGGGGUGAGUGAGGGAGAAAACUAGAUGAAAAGACACAUCAUGUAGAUAAGAGAUGAUAUCUGGAAAAUAACUUUUAAUUUGAGUUUGUAAGUUACUUGAAAUCCAUGCCGACAGCAAUAUAAAAAUAGCAGAAAUUAUCCAAAAUUAUAACUUUCUUUCCUAUUACUCCUCACUCUGGGAUGUCAUCUCUAUAGUAAAAUAAAGCUGAAAUCACAUUCCUCCCAGUACAUGCGCAUGCAUGUGUGCAUGCAGGGGCGAAUGUAUGUGUGUGCAUGCAGGGGCGAAUGUAUGUGUGUGCAUGCAGGGGCGAAUGUAUGUGUGUGUGUGUUUUUGAGUGCUAUUCCCUGAGCGGUAUCUUGUCUCAGAGUCAGAAAAGCAGAGUGCAAACUCCUUUUUCAUGUGUCCCUGUCUAGAACUCCUUGUUUCUCAAGGUUCUUACUUAUGGUCUUGUGAACUUGUGAAACAUCAUAUUAAAUAAUAAGUCCUGUACCAAAACCAAGAACACAAGCAAAGUACUUGUGUUCUUGGGAACAGUCUUGCAUAAACACAAGGACAGCAUAGAAUGCUGUUAUAUGGAUUUGAGAUCUAAUGCAUGCUUGUGACAUGCGGAUACGCUACCACUACCAUCCCAGACUACCCUGCCCAGUGCAUCUAAUUUAUUUGCUAGGUAGCUUUAAUUGGUUUGGGGUAGCCUACACAAAUAGUAAAAUGAGGACAUUUUCCAUAGAGGAGUGCUGCCAUUAAGCCUAUUCACGACAUGUAGACAAAUUGUAGCCUACUUAGAAUAUGAAAGUGAACACAUCUCUUUCAUCCACUGUCCUCUAGCUAGAUAAUGCAGUUAGCUUAAGUAACACUUGCUUUAUUUACACACAGAAGUCUACCUACUGCAACAGGGGGUUUGGGUAAUGAUGGAAUCAAGCUAGCGGCAAUACGUUAGGCAAGCUGUUUUGAUCAUUUAAAAAGUUCUCUCAGUACCAGCUAACAUCUAGCCAGCAUUUGCUGCAGCACAUAACUCCGUUUAUCAGUUGAAGGCACCCCAGCAUUACAGAGACUAGUACUGCCUACAAGUUAGCCAAACCAAGUCAAUACACUUUAGUUAUACACGGUGGCUAUAUUUAAAACUAGAUAAAAAUGAAACUAUUUCAACUAAUUUCUCGAUAAAAGGGCAGAUCAGGAACACAGUUGUGCAUUUUAUCCAUUCUUGGUUGCGUGUGUUCUCGAGUAUUGGAACUGUACUUGGGCCAAGAAAAAUAAUGUUAAGUUCUCGAAACCACAAGAACAGAUACUGAGAAACAGAUACUGAGAUACUAAAGAAAAAGCUUUAAUUCAAAUGAGGUGAGAAAUAUGUGUUAUAAUUGCUGAAUCUAUCUGUGUUUUGUCUGUAUUUUAUCUGUAUUUUGCUGUACUCACUAAAGUUUAUUGGCUGGGUAAACUGGGUAUCCAAUUACAAGCUUCGGUUGGAAAGGGGCGCAAGGCAAGCGGAGUUACUGCCUGUUUUGCAGUGUAACCGCACAUCACAAGCAAGAAUAGCAUCUCAAAUACAUAUUACUGCCCUUGUGUUCUUGAAAGUACGGUCUUGGUAUUGAGGAAGGUCACCUUCCUCUCCUCUCCAUCUCUUUCUGUCCUCGAUGACUUCACAACAAUGUAGCAUCCUCCUCUUCAUUCUCGCUGUCACUAGCCAGAACUUCCUGGCUCCGCAGCGUCAGAUUAGUCACCUGGGAAGGAGUGGGCAGCACAGAACCAAAGAAGAGGGAGCAGAACUGCAGGAGACCAAAAAAAAAGGGGGGAGGAAUUACUGGGAUGAGGAUUCAUUUAUUCUUAAAAUUUUUUUUUUUUUUUUACAUAUUUCAGUGUGAACUGACCAUGUGUCAGGUCUAAAUCAUUUGAAUCCCAAAUUGUUUCAACCUGUUUUAUUUUUAAAGUAAAUCAGUGAAAUUUAGCAGAAGAGGUAAAUCUUGUACCUUGUACCUGUUCGAUGACGUUGAUAUGCACUUUUUUGUAUGUCGCUUUGGAUAAAAGUGUCUGCUAAAUAAAAUGUAAUAUAAUGUAA